AUGGCGGGCAACGGCAACGACGGUCUGUGCGUGGCCAAGCCGCGGAGCGCUGCUGACCCGCUCAACUGGGGGAAAGCGGCGGGGGAGCUGUCGGGCAGCCAUCUGGAUGCGGUGAAGCGGAUGGUGGAGGAGUACCGCAGGCCGGUGGUGGUCAUGGAGGGCGCGAGCUUGACCAUCGCCCAGGUCGCGGCCGUGGCCGCGUCCGGCGGGGCCAGGGUGGAGCUCGACGAGUCCGCGCGCGGCCGCGUCAAGGAGAGCAACGACUGGGUCAUGGCCAGCAUGGCCAACGGCACCGACAGCUACGGCGUCACCACCGGCUUCGGCGCCACCUCCCAUCGGAGGACCAAGGAGGGCGGCGCCCUGCAGAGGGAGCUCAUCCGGUUCCUUAACGCCGGGGCUUUCGGCACCGGCAGCGACGGCCACGUGCUGCCCGCGGCCACCACGCGCGCGGCGAUGCUUGUCCGCGUCAACACCCUGCUCCAGGGGUACUCCGGCAUCCGCUUUGAGAUACUCGAGACGAUCGCCAUGCUGCUCAACGCCAAUGUGACGCCGUGCCUGCCGCUCCGGGGCACCAUCACCGCUUCUGGCGAUCUCGUCCCUCUCUCCUACAUCGCCGGACUUGUCACUGGCCGCCCAAAUGCCGUGGCUGUGGCUCCUGAUGGCACCAAAGUUAACGCCGCUGAGGCUUUUAAGAUCGCCGGCAUCCAGCAUGGUUUCUUCGAGCUGCAGCCCAAGGAAGGCCUUGCUAUGGUUAAUGGCACGGCGGUGGGCUCUGGGCUCGCGUCGAUUGUUCUCUUUGAAGCCAACAUCCUUGGUGUCCUUGCUGAAGUUUUGUCGGCCGUGUUCUGCGAGGUGAUGAAUGGCAAGCCAGAGUACACCGACCACCUGACUCACAAGUUAAAGCACCACCCCGGACAGAUCGAGGCCGCGGCUAUCAUGGAGCACAUCCUGGAGGGCAGCUCCUACAUGAUGCUUGCGAAGAAACUUGGUGAACUCGACCCAUUGAUGAAGCCAAAGCAAGAUAGAUAUGCUCUCCGCACGUCGCCGCAAUGGCUUGGCCCACAAAUUGAGGUCAUUCGUGCAGCGACAAAGUCGAUCGAGCGCGAGAUCAACUCCGUCAAUGACAACCCACUCAUUGACGUAUCUCGUGGAAAGGCAAUACAUGGUGGCAACUUCCAGGGCACGCCCAUUGGUGUGUCGAUGGACAACACGAGGCUUGCCAUUGCAGCGAUCGGCAAGCUCAUGUUUGCCCAGUUCUCGGAGCUAGUGAACGACUUCUACAACAAUGGCUUGCCCUCCAACCUCUCUGGUGGCCGCAACCCAAGCCUGGACUAUGGCUUCAAGGGUGCCGAGAUCGCCAUGGCGUCAUACUGCUCGGAGCUCCAAUUCUUGGGCAACCCUGUCACCAACCAUGUCCAGAGCGCGGAGCAGCACAACCAAGAUGUUAACUCCCUCGGAUUAAUCUCGUCUCGGAAGACUGCCGAGGCCACAUUCUGA